AUGAACCACACGCUGCUGGCAGUGAGACCCGGGAGCCGGCCUACCGGGGAACCUAGCAGCUGCAGAGCCAGGAGCCGAGAAAACCUGCUACAUGAAGGGAGUGGGGAGGAGUACUGCUGCGCUGCAAGGUGCUUCAGCAGACACAGUGGCUCUGAGAGGCAGCUGACCUGUCACUUCAGCAGCACGGUCAAACGGCGCCAGGCCCUGCGUGGUCCAGCCUACAUGUUCUCUGCUCCCUCUGUCAGCCUGUCAGAGGUCGAGCAGCGCUUCCUGGAGGCAGCUGAAUAUGGCAACAUACCCGAAGUACGUCGCAUGCUGCUCCAGGAGCCCAACCUAAACGUCAAUGCCGUGGACUACAUGGGACAGAAUGCACUGCAGCUGGCCGUGGGCAAUGAACAUCUGGAGGUGACGGAGCUGCUGCUGGGGAGGGCAGAUCUCGCCCGAGUGGGUGAUGCCCUCCUUUUAGCCAUUAGUAAAGGCUAUGUUCGGAUCACCGAAGCUCUGCUAAGUCACAUCUCAUUUUGUGACCCGCAUCGUCUGACAGCGAGUCCGGGCCAAGUCGACAUGAUGGAUGACUUCUAUGCUUAUGAUGAAGAUGGAACAAGGUAG